AAUGUCAUUUAAAUAUUUACAGACAAACUGAAUCAGGUAUUAACAUGUCCUAAUUCCCUUUUAGAAAACUGGAAGGAAAAUAAUUUCCAUUGUCAUACAAAGAGAGGAGGUGACUUUUUACUGAGAGGUCAUGUCGUCCAAAAAACCUAUACCAUGUGGACCUUGUCAAAAAGGAAAAAUAAACACUAAAGCUGAAUACUGGUGUCACAACUGUGAUGAAGGAUUAAGUUCAACAUGUACAGGUCAUCACAAAAGAUCUAAGUUAUCACGUGAUCAUAAGAAUAUUGAUAUCAAAAGUUGUAAACCAUCAAUCCAAGCCAUCAUAAUAGAAUGUGACAAACAUGGUCUUCAGCUCAACUUGUACUGUUCUAGUCAUUUAAUGCCUUGCUGUGAUCAAUGUAUUUCCACAAGUCAUUCAAAAUGUACUGGAAUAAAAAGCUUAAGAAGUGUUGUGGAGAAAACCAAGGUAGAAAAAUCAAAAGCAUCUGUAGAUAAAGCAGAAAUACACAUGAAUAGAGAACCAAGCGUGAGGGUUGCUAAAACAGAAGUACCCAUGAAUAGAGAACCAAGCGUGAGGGUUGCUAAAACAGAAGUACCCAUGAAUAGAGAACCAAGCGUGAGGGUUGCUAAAACAGAAGUACCCAUGAAUAGAGAACCAAGCAUGAGGGUUGCUAAAACUGAAGUAGCCAUGAAUAGAGAACCAAGCGUGAGGGUUGCUAAAACAGAAGUACCCAUGAAUAGAGAACCAAGCGUGAGGGUUGCUAAAACAGAAGUACCCAUGAAUAGAGAACCAAGCGUGAGGGUUGCUAAAACAGAAGUCCCUAUGAAUAGAGAAACAAGUGUGAGGGGGAAAGCACAAGUAGAAUCACGAGAACAAUCCAAUAUAAACAACAUGGCCAUGAAUAUUGAGACAAAGAUUAAGAUCAAAUUAAGGAAUGUAACUGACAUGAUCUGUCUGAUGGAUGGAAGAAUUAUAGUAGUGGAUAAGAAUGGUAAAGUUAACCCACUUACUUCUGAUGGCAAACUAAAGAAAAAAUUACCUAUACCUGGUGAAGCCUGGAGUGUUACACAGAUCAAUCAGAACACUAUAGCCAUAACUUUUCCUACAGAGAAGGCCAUUAGAAUCUUCAAUAUGGAGAAUAAAACAGUCACCAAAGUUAUCACUUUCGACAAAGAAUGCAGAGGAUUAUCAUUCUCCAAUAAUUCUCUGGCUGUAGGUCUGAGUAAUGAUGAAAUCCAUAUUAUAGACUUGGAAGGAAAUACACUGAAGUUAAUACAAGUUCCGAGUGGAUCAUACCUGGAGCACCUUGUUUACUGUAAUGACAGAGUAACCUAUAGUGACUUUAAUGGUAACGUAGUAUACUGUUAUGAUGAAUCAGGUAAACAGAUCUGGCAAUAUCAACAGGAUUUAUCAGCACCAAAGGGACUUUGUACAGAUACUUAUGGUAACAUUAUUGUAGUGGACUAUAGAUCUUACAGAAUAAUAGUAAUAUCAAAAGAUGGACAGAAUAGUAGAGUACUGAUUAGUGAAGAGGAUGGACUGUGGUUGCCUAGGUGUUUUUGUUUCAAACAUAAUGAGUCUUCAGGUUUUAUAUAUGAUACCGAUUCCAUAUACAAGGUAAAAUCCAAUUUAUCUUCUGGAUAAAAUAUACACUGACGAGUCCAAUGAUGUUACCUGACUUUGAUGUACUACAAUUUAUUUAUUUAUUUAGUACCAUACAGAAUCAGUAAAUUAAGUUCAGUCUGUAUAAGCCAUUUUGGAUCAUACCAAUUAUACUUGGAAUACAUUUUAGUAAAAGUAAAUUUUCUUAACAGGUCAUUAUAAACCCAUGUACUUUUGUUCCUAAAUUUUGUUUUAAAUCACCAGAAAAAAAAACCAAGAAAUUUUUAAAUAAGAUGAUUUUUCAUGAAACAAAUUUCAAACUUCCUAUCUCUGUGUCUACAAUGGUCACAAAAUUCAAGGUAUUUUAACUCCAAGUAAAUAAAUAUGCACUUGAAAACCAAACAGAUUCAAACUUAUUUUUAACAGAAAGAUUAUAAAAGUGCUUGUAAGCACUGAAGGGUAAAGAUUGCUUUAAUUUAUCAGUGGGAAGUAAAACUAAAUACUGCAUUGUAUAAAGCAUUGGUUGUAGUUGAUUCAAUUACAAUUCUGGACAAAGGAAGAUAGCUCCAAUUUUUUAACAUGACUUUAACAAUGACAUCAUUGAUAUUUUUAGAACAGAUAUUAGAUUCCUGUACCUUGCAAAAGUUAUGUAUUUUUCUUGACAAGUAUAACAUCAUUUUAUGACUUGAAUAUCUGAGCAUAUAUUUCAUUGAUAAAUUUCUCAAAAUGUUCAUGGAUAGGAUGUAUAGAAUGCUAUGAUCAAUGCACUAUAUUUUGUGUAUCUCAAAAGUAGUGAUAAGCCUUGGAAGAUUUAGAUAUCAAGUCAGUACCAUAGGGUUUUGAUUGCAUUUCAUGCAAUCUUUACCCCAAAACUAUAUAAAUUUUAUCUAAUGUUAUAAAAAUCAUAACUUGGUUAAUGUAUUUUUGACCGACUGGUGUAUGGCUGAAGCAGACAGUAGAUUUGCUAUUUUAAUAUAAAUCUGAAAAAAUUUGAGAUUUACGUUAUCUUUUUUACUCUAUGCUUUCCCUUUCACAGUCACACUUCUCUAGUCAUAAAAGUGACAAGAGGAGUAAUUACUAUAAUAAAAAGCCUUAAUUAAAUACACCUCACAAAAAUAAUUAUUACUAUGAAGGUUAAUUGAUUGAGUUGACUGGUAUAAGCUAAGGUACCUGAUAUUGAUUGAUCUUUUUGAAAUUGUUUCUCAUAUUUAACUGGUUUACAUAAUAAUCUUAUCAAUAAACAAUUUAAUUUAUCACUAAAGUGUUUAAAGAUUAAAUAAUCAAAUUUCAAUAGUUAAUGAGAGAAAAAAAUAAAAGAACUACCUUGUCUUCAUAUAUACAUGUAAUACAAGUCUGUGAAUGUACACUGGUGUGAAAUUUAAUUAUGUAUCCAAAAGCUUUCAAAAUGGAGAAAAAAUAAACAGUAAUUUUGAUAUUUUGAGUUUUUUGAUUUUUUGAUUUUUUGAUUUUUUGAGUUUUGAAACAUUUCAAGGUCAGUUUUGAAUAUCUAUUUUUAGGCAUACAAACACUAUGAUUAUUUUUAGAUUUUUAUAAUUUUAGAAAUGUUUUAUUAGAUAAUUAUGUUUCUCAAUCUUAAUGGUAAGCUUCUUAUUUGAUAUUAUUGACAUGGUAUAUAAUUUUUUUUACGUAUAUGAUAUUGUACAUACAUUACUAACAAAUACUAACAGCUGUAUAAAUAUGCUAUUUGCUAAUGUUAACGAGGCUGGGAUAACAUACCGGUGACAUGUUGUUUUUAACUAACAAAUGUACAGAUUUCAAUAAAUUAUAAACUGCCACUGAAAAAA